AGAGCUGCGGCGCGGAGCGGCGCGGCUGAUGCGGAACGGGCGCUCUGCCUGCCUGCCGCCGACACUCCGCGCGUCCUCCCGCCGCCUCCGCCGGCACCGGAGCGCCCCGGGCCCGCCAUGGAGCCCAACCCGCCGAAGCGGAAGGAGCCGCGCAAGUCGCUGCGCGUUAAAGUCAUCUCCAUGGGCAACGCGGAGGUGGGCAAGAGCUGCAUCAUCAAGAGGUACUGCGAGAAGAGGUUCGUGUCCAAGUACCUGGCGACCAUCGGGAUCGACUACGGAGUCACCAAGGUGCAGAUCAGGGACCGGGAGAUCAAAGUGAACAUCUUUGACAUGGCGGGACAUCCCUUCUUCUACGAGGUCCGGAACGAGUUCUACAAGGACACCCAGGGCGUUCUCCUGGUCUACGACGUGGGAUCCAAGGAAUCCUUCGACUCCCUGGAUUCCUGGCUGGCCGAGAUGAAGCAGGAGCUGGGACCCCACGGGAACAUGGAAAACGUCGUCUUUGUGGUCUGCGCCAACAAGGUGGACUCCGGGAAGCUGCGGAGCGUGGACGAGAGCGAGGGGCGGCUCUGGGCCGAGAGCCGCGGGUUCCUCUACUUCGAGACCUCGGCCCAGACCGGAGAGGGGAUCUCCGAGAUGUUCCAGACUUUCUACUCCGCCAUCGUCGACCUGUGCGACAACGGCGGCAAACGCCCGAAUUCCGGCGCCGGCAUCGGCUUCACCCGGGAACAGGCGGACGCCAUCCGGAGGAUCCGGAACAGCAAGGACAGCUGGGACAUGCUGGGAGUCAAACCCGGAGCCACCAGGGAUGAGGUGAACAAGGCGUACCGGAAGCUGGCCGUGCUCCUGCACCCCGACAAAUGCGUGGCUCCCGGCAGCGAGGACGCCUUCAAGGCCGUGGUGAACGCCCGGACCGCGCUCCUCAAGAACCUCAAAAGGAAGAAAGAAAACCGGGAAAACAUUCCCACCUUUUUCUCCCGGGGAGGAGGGAACGCCGCUGCCUCCUCUCCUUCCGGACAAUCCCGUGGGAUCGGAUCCAGGCAGAGAGGAGGGAUCGGGAUUGGUGGGAUGGGGUGGGAGAGGGAUCCUGGAGCAUCCCUGGAUCCUGGCUCCGGGGGUGUAAACACUGGGAUCAGGGACAUUCCCACCUUCCUGGAUGUUUGGGAUGGGAUGGGAAGGAGCCACUGGGAGCAGGGACAUUCCCAAUUCCUGGAUGUUUGGGAUGGGAAUGCUGAGGAUGCUCCAGGUGGGGUUGGUGCAAACACUGGGAAGAGGGAAAUUCCCAAUUCCUGGAUGUUUGGGAUGGGAUGGGAUGGGAUGGGAUGGAGCCACUGGAAUAUCCCGAGGGAAUUGUCGCUUCCCAAAUUUUAAGAUCGACACAAAUCCCGUUUUCCCUUGGAAUUAACUCCCAUUUUCCCUCAAAAUCAUGGAUUAAUCCCGGAUUUUUGUUGGGAAUGGGAUCCUUUCGCUCUUCAUUCUUUUUCUGGGAAGAAGGAAUAACUGGGAAGAGCCUUUUCCCUGCUCCCCUUUGGGAAUAUCCCGAGGGAAUUUUCCCUUGGAAUUAACUCCAAUUUUCCCUCAAAAUCAUGGAUUAAUCCCGGAUUUUUUUGGGGAAUGGGAUCCUUUUGCUCUUCCUUCGUUUUCUGGGAAGAAGGAAUAACUGGGAAGAGCUUUUUCCCUGCUCCCCUUCGGGAAUAUCCCGAGGGAAUUGUCACUUCCCAAAUUUUAAGAUCGACACAAAUCCCGUUUUCCCUUGGAAUUAACUCCCGUUUUCCCUCUCCCAACUGGAUAAAAACACGGAUUGGGAUCCGCCAGGGCUUGGAAUUCCAUCGGGAUCUCCUUCCCGCCCAAUUCCCUGGAAAACUUCCCCCCCCUCGUCCUUAAUUCCGGCUCUGGAAUUCCCUUUUCCAUUCCUGGUUUUCCCUGAAGGAAGGCGGAUGAUCCCGUUUUCCAGGUGCUGCAAUUCCCGGAAUCCCGAGAUUCCCCGGCCUUGGGAAUGGUUUGGAGGCUUCUCCCAUUCCUGCUGCUUCUCCUGGGAAUUUGGGGG